ACAAUACUGAAUUUGAAGAGAUGAUUAAUACAGCAGGUGAUUUUUUGACAACUCAAGAAAAAAGCAUGAAUAAUAUAAACCAUACCAAUGAGAAUAAUGCAAUUAACAAAUUAAGUGAAAAUGAAGAUAUCAGUAACACAAAUGCAAUUAGAAGUCUACAAGAUGCUGCAACUGAUCAAGAACAAAAUGACUCUAUAAAUCAAUCAGCUAAACAACGUAUGACUAAUCUAGGUACAAAUACAAGAGUAUUACAAAAAAAUUCUGAACCUGAGCUAGAAAGUGAAGAAGAAUCUGAAAAUGAGGCUAUAGUAAACCUCAUUAGUGUUAAGAAUCCCUCAAAAGUUAAAUGA